CAGAAUCAAACAGUCGAACAUGAAACUUCAAGUAGUGAACACAUCAAAAACAAUGUAACUCUGUGUCAAAAAUUCUAAAAGAUCUAAAAAUCGUAGAAACACAUUGUGUAGGACAGUUUACAGAAUAAGCAAGGGUGUCAAAAAGUUCAUCGGAAAAUUAGAAUUGAAAUCGCAAAUGGUAUCGAAGUGGUCAAGUCAAAAGAGCUUUACAUCACAAGUCCGAAAAAAUUGUUCUCGAACAUAACCUUCGAACACUAUAAUCAAGAAUACGAAUUCAAACAAUGUUAUUAUCCAGUGAAGAGUGUUGAUAUUGCAAUGUUGAUAAACUUUUGUCGGAAAUGUAUGGAAUCGAGUGUGACUUGCAGUACCGUCAGCAACGACGGUUACGAAGUUACGAAUUUGACGUCUGAUUCUAACCAAGGAUUUUUGGCGUAUUCCUGCAUAAAGCCACCCAUCCACAUAGAUUUUUCUUUCACUUGCAAUGUUCGGAUGAACCACAUUCUCAUUUGGCCUUCUGUUGGAGCCCAGAAGUCUUCAGGUUUCGAAAUUUCUGUCAAAUCUGCCAACCAAUACAAACAAGUGUCAACGGGUUUUUUGAAGUCCGAACAUUCAGGUCUUCUGUUCUACAGACGAGAUCUUGAUUCGUGCAGCAUCAAUAUUCCUCAAAACUUCUUAUGCCGAUAUUUAAAACUUUCUUAUGAACAAAAUCUUGAAAAUGUUCAAUAUUUACGAAUUUCUAUCCUUCGAACUGAAAACUCAGUCCCAGCCAUUGGUCGUGUUGAAAUUUGGGGUGAAGUGUCUGCCUUCAAUAGCAGAGAUACAAUCCAACGUGUCUACAAUUUGUGGCAGCAUAAUAAUGUUGGAAAAUCCUUAGACCGAGUCCAACAUAACAACAAUGAGCCCAAACAUGGCUCUGAAACUUCGAGAGCAUCCGGUGAAGAGUCAUUGAACGUGCCAGAUUGUUUUUUGGAUCCGAUAACAUGUAAUAUCAUGAUCCAACCAAUCGUUCUACCAAGUGGAACGAUAAUCGAUCAAGACACGUUGGAAAAACAUGGGAAAACUGAAGCAACUUGGGGUAGACCGCUUUCUGAUCCGUUCACAGGCAUUCCAUUCAGCGAAUCACGCAAGCCUAUAAUUGCAUCAGCCCUGAAAGCGCGAAUAGACAAAUAUUUGUUGGAAAACAAACAUGCUCCAGAUGUAAAGAACUUGCCGCGAUUAUCAGGCCACAAGCAAGUUGUUAUGUCAAUGAGAAAUCGACCAUUGGAAUUGUCCAGAAUAUCUUCCAGUUCCACAGUGAAUGACACAGUACUAGAAACAGUUGAAUGUACAAAUAUUUUCCAAAAAUCCUUAAAACCUCCAACCCCGGUUCCCUCGUCGAAAAUUCGUCUUGAAACUCGAGUUCACAGAUUGCCCAUAAUUCCAAUGUGUUCCAAACGAACAACAGCCAAAAGUGAUUUGAAAAAAAUUAUCAUAAAAACUUUUGGUAUCUCCGCUUUUAAAAAAGAAAUAAAAAUCAUGCCAGAGCAAGAGAGUAAUGUUCAAGAUGGAAGUUUAGAUCAUACUGUAAAUAGCGUUUUGUCAAAUCUUCAACGUUUUAAUGGGGACAAACAAGUAAAAAAAAGUAGUUGUGUGGAAAACUGUAAAUGUGUAAGUAACAUUUUUUACAAAUUGCCAUGUGAUCAUGUCUUGUGUCGAGACAUUUUAAUGACUGUAAAAGAUUCUCGGUGUUUAAAAUGUAAAUUGGUAUAUGAUACUAGAGAUUUAGAAAGAAUUCAUGGAGAAUUGACAAUAAGAGAGAAAAGCUGCGUUCAAACUGUCUGCUAAAGAUAAAACGAGACGAACUUUAAAUAUUUGUCAAAAAUAGUAUUGAAAUUUGUAUUAAUAAAAUACAAUGAAAGUAUUACCUCAAUUCUGGAAAAUUUGAAAAAUAGUAUAUCAUAUAAGUUGUCUUAUCGACUUUCAACGAAGCAAUUUUCAAUACUGCAAAUAUUUAUUGUAAAUUCUAAUAGAGGAUUAUUGUCUAAGGAAAAAUGGAAGAAAAAUUGGCAUUGUUAAUUUAUUUAUAGUGAAACAAUAAAACUUUGUACAUUGAUCAAA